AUACUAACUCCUAUUACUUCCGGUCAACCACCUAACUGAUCGAGUUUGAUUAGAAAGGGUUUAAAGGUCGUAAAAAGAAGCUUAAAUCAUUUGUUUCCCCGCUUUUUAAAUAUCCUGCACGUAAAAGAUAACAAACAACAUGUAUGCAAAGUUUCUAGUUGUUCUUCUAUUAGGACUUGCUACAGCUGAAGGUAAUAAUGACUCUACAGUAUCUUCAACCAGAAGCACUGUCAGCACCAUUCAACCGACGAGUCCAACCCAAAAAACCACUGUUACACCUGAUGAUUUUCCUGUUGAAAUCCUUAGAAAAGAAUGCUUUAUUGCCAGAAUGGGAUUGAGGGUGAAGGAAAGUGGAAAGUUUUGGACAAUGAAAAAACAUCCAUCAUUCACUGUUGCCUGUGAGUCAAACAAGACAAUGGUCAACAUUACUCUUGAAGAAACUUCAUUUGUUAAUCUAAAAUUCUCCUCUGACAAAUCAAAUUAUUAUUUGAACUCAAUAGCUUUUAAAAAGGAUCAAUCUUCAACUGAAUAUAUCAAAAAUGAGCUUAAACUAUUUUCAACCAGCUUCAAUAAAACUUUCAAAUGCUAUAAUCAACCUAAAAUUGAACUGAAGAACAAAAAUUUAACAGUUGAUUUAGAAUUCAAAGAAUUUAAAUUUGAAAUUUUUAAAGGUGGACAAGCGAAAAAUUUUAGUUCAACUGUAAAUGAAUGCGCUGCUGAUAAAAAAACCUCAAAUAUUGUUCCCAUAGUGGUUGGAGCUGUUCUUACAGGAAUGAUUGUUAUUGUUUUGAUUGCUUAUCUGAUAGGAAGGAGAAAUAACAAGAGUGGUUACGAGAGUGUAUAA